AUGCACACAACAUGCACAUCACUCGCCUCACGUGUUUCCACACUGACUGCUUUGAUACAACUGUAUGCACACAACAUGCACAUCACUCGCCUCGCGUGUUUCUACACUGACUGCUUUGAUAUAAUUGUAUCCACAUCACUUACCUCUCAUUUAUUAUUUUAGUUUGGCUGAAGAUCUUAUUGGAAUCAGUGAAGACCGACCAGAAUCCUGGAUUGCUAUGGCGCAUUCUUCAUCUGUCGCCAACAAAAAGACGAGAGCAAUAUACUUCUCACAAAAGGUAAUGGCUCUCGUAAAUUCACAAAGUAUUCCUAUCGUUGCAUUCAGUCUUUGUCCGAACCACUGAUCAGUGACCCUCACCCUAGGCCUAACCGCGAUUUAUGCAGCACACCUGUUUUCGGCGUACCUUAUGUCCAUUAUUUGUGGCUUUAUAAAGUACGCCUGUUUUUGACAUACCUUAUAGCCAUUAUUUGUGGCUAUAAAGUACGCUUGUUUUCGGCAUACCUUUAUAGCUACGGUUUGUAAUUGUAUCUGUAAACUGUUACGCCUGUUUGUGGCAAUCCUUAUAGUCUGGUUAAAAUGCAAGAAAUGCCAUUUUAGCUAUAGGGUGCGAGGUAUAGGAAAGGACUGCUUUUAAAGGUCUGCUUUCAGGUUCUGCCUUAAAGAGUGUAACUUGAUUGUACAGGUUGCGAGGUCUACCUUUAAUGAAAUAAUUCGUGUAGUUAAUAUGAAAAAAAAAUUUUACUUUUUUUAGGCGCACAACAUGGACAAUCUAAAUAUUCAGGCUUUACUUACAAAAGGUUCUCUGCUCUCAUCAGUCAAACGUAAGAGUGAAGCGAUAGAUCAUUAUCGUGAAGUCAUCAGACUUUCUCCUUUCAAUUACGACGGGAACAAAGGUAGGUGCAUGUAUAUGUAGCAGAUAGGAUUGAGGGUCUGCCAAGAGAGGUGGGGAAUAACCAACGCCGCUCAGCACCCUCCAAUGGCCUCCAUCCUACCCUACCCUACCCUACCAUACCCUACCCUACCAGAUGAAGCUGGAUUCAUACCUGUUGUCUGGAUUCAUACCUGUUUUUGAAAACAUUGUAUGUGGAGGUGAUUGCUCCCAACUAAGCCGAAAAUCAGUUACUUCUCAAAUAUGUUUUGUUUUUAUACUAGGUUUAAUUGAGUGUUACCUCAGUAGUAAUAGACACAAGGAGGCAUUGGUUGUCGCCAAAAACGCGCACAAAUGUCUUGGAACUAAUGCAAGAACUUUAUUGGUAAGUUGUACUCAUCGUCCGUGGUGAUGAAAAUUAUCUAAUGCGAAAGUACAUUAAGGAGAAUAAAGUGUAAAAUGUGUGAAUACUAUAUUGUUCCAUUAUUAAACUUGCUUUGACUUCAUGGAAACAGAUUUUCUUUGAUGAAAAUUGCAAGAUAAUGAUUUAAAUGAAAUUGUUCCUUAUAGGUACACUUGCUGAUAAAUAUACAUUUUUGAGAACACUAGGUAUACUGUAUUUUUUUCUGAGCUAAAAGAUGUUUCCAUAAAAACAAAUGAAUUGUCAAAUUGUUGACUUUAAAUAUCGAGAUAAGUCACUUACGGUAUUACCUCCCUGUGACCCCCUCCCCACCGGCACCCCACCCUCAGCGCCUCCGCACAGGCUAAUUUUAACAACUCAAAAGUUUUGUUUAUUAUUUUUAGCUUCUUGCCAUGGUUUUGGCCAAAGAAAGUCAGACGCAAGAAAAAGUAAGCACUGGAUAAUAUUUUGCUGAACACUUUGGCUAGGUUUAUAGGAAUGGAUGCAGGGGUUUGAAAUUUUAAAAAAAAUUAGUCGCCCGCGUGGUCGCCAAACUUUUUAUAUCAGGUCUCCCUAUAUGUGUUACGAAGCAUAUUCUCUUUACAUAUAGCUAACAUAAUAACAGCGAAUUAUAUGCCAAAGCAGAAUGAAAUACUUGAGUUACUGAGAUAUUUUAAGGCUUUAGAAUUUUUUUUCUCAGUCACCACAAGGGCUACUGUGCCCUUGGCAAAUAUCUGGUCGGCAGAUAAAAAAUUUGGUCGGCAAUAGACCUUUCCCCUUUUGAGUGAAAUUUUGAUCUAGACAAGUCUAGACAAAAAUCUCAUCACAGCUUGAAAGAGCAUCACAAAAUUAGUAAUAUUUAGAAGUUUCGUUGUGAAAUGUUGUAAAAUGCGGAUAAUAUAUAUAGCCUUGCGAAGUUUGCAAUUUUCAGUCAUUUUGCAUUACAAAUGGAAAUUGAUAAUCAGAUGAUCAAACUGAUUAUCAAUUUGCCAUUUGUAAUACAAAAUGACUGAAAAACGGCAAAUUUCGCAAGGCUAUAUUAUCCGCAUUUUACACCAUUUCGCAACGAAACUUUGGAAUAUUACUAAUUUUGUGAUGCUCUUUCAAGCUGUGAUGAAAUUUUUAUCCAGGCUUGUCUAGAUCAAAAUUUCACUCAUAAGGGGAAAGGUCUAUUGGCGACCGUCAGCCCACUCAUUUCAACCGCUGGAUGGAUGGAUGGGAAUGAUAGGAAAGGGAACUAGGAAUUAAAACAGGAACUCUUUUUCACAAGUGACAAGUGUCAACACAUUUGAAUUGGCGUGCCAACCUGUUAUCGACUCUUCUUAUAGGCCGGUGAGCUCCAUACAUACUGGAGCGAGAACUCGAGAAAAGUGAAGCCAGAAAUGGAGAUAUUGCAUGGACGUCAGUUUCGGUUCCUUUUUAUUGUUUUUGUCUUCGCGGUUUACAAGGAGUGUGCCAAAAUUUCGUAUUUUGAUUUUGAUUUAAAGAAUAACACUAUCGUUUUUUGAACUGAUAAAUUAGCGAUACGGUCCGUUAGAAAAGAAAAACAAUGGACUCAGCUUGACGAAAUGGUGUUAGAACUGUUCAAAACCGUCAUAGCUAUUGCACGUCAAUUCUGUCAUCUUGGCUUCACUUUUCGUAUAGGCCGAAAGACUAAAGUUUAAGUUUUGUUCCAGGUAUAUAUAUAUAUAGAGCUCGUUGACUUAUGCUGGAUGGCUCUAUAUUAGCUCCAACUGUUCUCCCUAGGGACCAUGCAAUGGUCCAAUUAUAUACUGAAGGAGAUCGAGAGCUAUCUUUUCACAUACCUCUAAAGUGAAAUAUAAUCUGACAACUUUAUAGCGCAGGAAUCGGACAGUUUCUGUAUGUAUUUCAGGCAAAACAGAUGUUGGAAAAAGCCGUCGUUCAAGAUCCGACAUUUGCAGAUGCUGUGUACGAUUUGGCAGGAAUACUCACAAAAGAACAGAACCACGAAGGAGUCGUAGAGCUGUAAGAUUUAUCUAUACUCAUGUUGACAAUGAUACUUCAGUCCUCAUGCAGGAUUACAUGUGGAAUAUUUUCAUAUAGUGAAUUAUACUAUAGUUAGUAAGUGGGGAUGUAUCAAUCAUCAUUGCUUUCGGCUGAGAUGCAAAUUGAGCACCAAUUCCCAAAAGGCAAACUGCAAAACCAAAACUCAAUCGGACUGAAUAUAGCCAUAUAGAACGACAGGGAUUAUUUCAAACCUAGUAUUUGUAAAUCUUUCAAAUAUUGUCAAUGUCUUAUGUACUCCAUCAUCAAUGCGGUAAUUGAAGAAUCAAUGGAUCAAAACCUCCUUUGAACGCGAGUUAAACAUAUUUGUUUCAACGAUCGGUAAUAUUUUCCGAGCAUAUUAUAAACAGGGACGUCGCAAAGUCAUCCUUGCUUUCAGCUAAGCUGAAUUAGGAAGGACGCAGCUCAACUAGGCGAUUGCCGAGAACCCAACGGCUGGAAUCUGAGCUUACAGCUCAACCUGAUCGAGUUGAAUUAAGGCAUUCUAAGGGCGCAUGUGACAGCCACCUUAUGACUCGUGUCUGAUCACGGAACACAGCUACAGUGAAAGGGUAAGUUAGGGGGAUAAUCCCAACACACCCUGUCAACAUCUCCUAUGGGAGGAAACUAGAGCACCAGAAGAAACCCACGACUUUCGGCAGAGCGUUCACAUAAGUGUCGCGAGUCCGCAGCGAGGAUCGAACCCACAAUCUCAGAGGUGAAAGGAACCAUUCAAUCUACCAAGCCAUCGAAUCAACAAAAUAUUUUUUCUUUUGUAUUUUGUAGACUAAGAAAACAUUUAUCACAUAUCAAGAAUGCCAAUCUUCAUAUUCUUCUCGGAGAUAAUCUUGCUGCAUUGAGUGAAUACCAAGAGGCGCUUGAUCAAUAUAGUAUUGGAAUAAG